AUGGCGAUGGCAAAAUUCGGAGGUUUCACUGCUGCAGAGCCGCAACACAGAGCCGCGUCUCACGUCAUGUUGUUCUUCUUUGUUGUGGUUGAACUUUCGAAGGCACAAAAAAGUCGCACCAAGGAGCCGCACCAAGACCAAAGGGCGCCGUAUUUCCCCCAAGGAUACUCAGCAGUGCCAAUGAGACGGCGGGGGGAAACUUGCCUGCAUUCUGUUGGCUGGGAGUUGUAUGGCGGCGUAACUACUUUAGCGUUGGAAUGCAACACUUUUUCGAAGUCCAGCACAUCAGAUCGCCUCCCUGGAUGCGAUGUCAGAGCUGAAUACGAUGUCCUUUCCAAUCGGUUGUACCCACUGGAAUCUCAUUAUUGA